AGUGUUUUGGCACUUUUUGCCCAUCACUAAUAACGACGCCAGAUUAUAAUAUUAUUAAAAAUGGGUACGAGGUCUUGCGCGUACAAGAAUUGCGAAUAUUAUUAUUCCACGCACGACAACACUCAGUCUAAGGGAAGAGCCCUGUUCGCCUUUCCCAAACAACCUGAAAGGGCGCGAAUCUGGCACGAGAAUGGACUGCACCCGAAGAUCCCUCAAACCCAGCUCUAUCUGUGCUCCACUCACUUCGACCCCAAGUUCAUAUCCUCCUCCAAAAACCGAACGCUCCUUGUGGGCGAGGCGGUGCCGUAUCGGUACGGGGAAAAAGGUCCCGAUACGGAGGAUCAGCCUGAACAGGUGGCCUCAACUUCCCAGGAGAGCUACUUUAUAAACCUGAGCGAUGAUAAAGUGACCAUCAACAGUGUGGACACUACCUCAAGGACCAACCCUCCUGAGAGUGAUCGUAAGUACAAUGCUUUCCCCGCCAAGCGCGCGAAGGAAUCGCAAUCAACCAUUGGCCGUUCUGUGAAGAAAACGCCUAAAACGGAUCCCAGUUCCACUGAAGCACCUGUUAGUGUUGAGCCUGGGAUUAUUGAUACUUCCGAAGUGUCAGUAUUCACUUUUAAGGGACAGGAGUACGUACAAAUGUCUAUGGAGUAUUACUUGAAGGAGCAACGGAAGAUGGCCGAACUACUAGAAAACUACAAGAACGCUUUAAGGGCUAUCAAGGAACACGUCUCCGAGCUGGACCUUUGACGUAAUCAAUAUAUAUACGAAACGGCAAACCAAAAAAAUGUAUCUAUGUAUAAAGCGAAAUUCACUUGCCAGAUAAACUUGAGGUUCGUCAUAAUAUUUGUACACUAUAACAUUUAACAAGUACUUCAUCACUAAAGAAAUUUAUUUUUCUCCUACA